AUGAACCGCCGUAGACGACGCGCCCGACAGCAGCUCCCAAGCACUGCCGACCUCCGCCAUGCACAGCCUCCCCCGCCCCGCCACGCCCCGCCCGGUGAGUGUAGAGCCGGUCGCCGAACGGUGGCUCGAGGGGACGUCUGCCCUGCUCCCUCGCCCCCGAGCGCAGCAGAUGGAUGCUCGAGUAGGCUUAACGACGACCACGACGACGACUUCGAAGCUGCAGGCCGCCAUUCACACCGAAGACUUACAAGGGUGGCGGCCAGCCCGCUGUGCCCGCCGUGCGAGGGCGGCAGCUGUGACGUGGACCCCGCCGACUGCCGCCAUGGAGUCGUGCGCGACCACUGCGGCCGCCAGGUGUGCGCCAAGGGUCCCGGCCAACGGUGCGGUGGCAAGGGCGACCUGCUGGGACGGUGCGGCGAAGGCAUGCACUGCAAAUGCAACCGCUGCGCUGGCUGCUCCCUGGCCACGCUCGAGUGUGACCUCUCCGAGUUCCUCUGCCUGUCGUGAGCGGCUGGCGCCCGCCCUCCGCCCGCACCGCCCCCGCCACCGACUCCGACCCCGCGCGUCGCACCCCGGCGCCUGCGGCCUCGCGCUUGCCACCUGUAGCGCCAUAGCGAAAUAAAAGACAGC